CCGGAGUAAUUUACUUCAUUGCUACCCAGCUUCUUCAACGAUGGCGUUCGUCCUCAAAACGUCCUUGCUUUGAUUGUCAACAAGAUGUCGUAUUUAAAGUUAGGGCCAUUGAAUCUGCAGUCUGUCGCCCAAGGAGUUGGGGGUCUCGUUUUUGGCAACGGGGAACAGUCAGAUGAUGACGGCGGUGUUGAGCAGCUCUUGGAGCGCAUCAGCAAUGGCCGGCUUGCUGAGGACCGCCGUGCUGCGAUGGGGGAGCUGCGAGACGCUGUGGCGGAGAACCCGACCGCCCAGAUGGCCUUCGGAGCGAUGGGCCUGCCCGUCCUGACUGCGGUCCUGGGUGAGGAGCGCGAGGACGUGGAGAUGGUGCGCGGCGCGCUGGAGGCGCUCAUCAACGCUCUGGUCGUGUUGACGCCGCCGCAGGGGGGCAAGGCGGCCCCCGGGCGCAUCAACGCGGAGCUGUUUGCGCGCGAGGCGGGCAGCGUGCAGCUGCUGCUGAGCCUGCUGCAGGAGGACGACUUCUACGUGCGCUACCACACCGUGCAGCUGCUCACAGUGCUCCUGCAAAACAGCCCCGGCAGGCUGCAGGAGGCGAUUCUUGGCGCCCCGAUGGGCGUGGCGCGGUUGAUGGACAUGCUGGGCGAGCGCGAGGUCAUCCGCAACGAGGCGCUGCUGCUGCUCAUCUUCCUGACGCGCUCCGCGGAGGAGAUCCAGAAGAUCGUGGUGUUUGAGGGCGCGUUCGAGCGGCUGUUCCACAUCGUGACGGACGAGGGCAGCUCCGACGGCGGCAUCAUCGUGCAGGACUGCCUCGAGCUGCUCAACAAUCUGCUGCGCAACAACCCCUCCAACCAGACCUACUUGCGGGAGACCGUGGGGCUGUCAGCCAUCCCGGGGCUGCUCAAGCUGCGCAAGGCGCCCGCAGAGAACCUGCCGCGCCAGAAGGCAAUCAACCUGCUGUGCGCGCUGGAGACGGUGACGCUCCUGCUGGCGCGGAAUGCCAACAUGCCUCCAGGGCAGGAGGCCAACAUCGUGGCCAACCAGACCCUGCUCACACAGAACGCGCUGCUGGACGUGCUGGUGCCCCUGGCGGUGGACCCGCGGCUGCCGUCAGUGGGCGUGCGCGCGCAGGCGCUGCGGUGUCUGGGCGACGCGGUGGCGCGGCACGGCCCGAGCCAGGUGGCGCUGGGGAGCAAGCUGGUCGGGGAGGCUGGCAGCGAGCCCGCACUGCACGCCGUCCUGCACGCCGCGCUCAGGGCGGGCAGCCCCCGCGAGAGGGCGGCCGCCGAGUACGUCUUCCGCUGCUUCUGCGAGGGCAACCCCGAGGGCCAGACCACGCUGGCGUCCACCAUUCUGCCGCUGCCGUCGGGCGUGGGGCGGGGGUCCACCGGCGCGGACGACGAGCACGCGUCGUUCGGGAGCAUCCUGGUGCGCGCGCUGGUGGCCAGCCGGGGGCAGGGCGACCUGGAGGCCAGCUGCCGCGCGGCGGGGGUGCUGCUGCACAUCCUCAAGGACAACCGGCAGUGCAAAGAGAGGGUCCUGACGAUCCCCCUCGAGAUUGCCUCCUCUGCGUCGGCUCAGCCGGACCUGCUCCUGCCCCGCUGCCUCCGCUACCUCUCCUCCGCCUCCACGUACGCCGCCGUCAACGGCCCAGCCGCCGGAAGCAGCGCCUGGCUGCCAGCGGUCUUCCUCCGCCUGCUCGUCACGUGGCUCAACGACUGCCCGCCAGCCGUCACGGCGUUCCUGGCAUCACCCGCCCAUCUGCCUCUCGUUGCUGACCUGACCAACAGCACCGGCUCCCCUGCGAGCGUCCACAUUGCGGGCCUUGCCGCCGUCCUCCUGGGCGUGUGCUUGCUCUACUGCCCGCCCCCCUCCGCCACUGCCUCCGCCAGCAAGGCCUCCAGCAGUGCGUCCACCAUCCUGGACCUGAUCAGCCAGCGCAUCGGGCUGCCCAAGUUCUUCGGCCUCUGGGAGAACAUGCGCCAAACGACGCUCUUCCAUAACGCGGCGACGGCGCCAAAGUUGCCGGCCGCGCUGACGCGAGCAACUGCGGCGGCGGCGGUUGCAGGUGACGUCAUCCCCGGGGGCGGACAGGAAAGGGAAGAGAACGGGAGUGCAGGGCCGAAGGAUGACGUGGACGCGUCGCUCACGACCUUCUAUGACGCGGAGUUUGUCAAGUUUGUUGUCGACAUCGAGGGUCCGGUGAAAGCGCGCUCGCUGGAGUUGUACGCCCGGCCCAACGCGGGGACGUCUGACGGGAACGCCGCCGAGUUUGAAGCGCUGCCAGGCGAGACGGAGGCGGCGCAGGUGGAGCGGUUGAAGGAGCUGCUGCGAGCGCAGUCGCACGAGCUGCUCGAAGUGCGGGAGAACAAUGCGGCCCUUGCGCAGGACCUGAUGGCGGCGGGCGAAAGCAGCGGCGGGCUCCAGGAUGGAGCCGCGCGCGAGUCGCUGAGCAUGGCUCGCAGCCUGCAAGCGGAGCCGAGGCCGAAGAAGGCGGGGGGUACCCCGCUGGACAUAGCGCGGGUCAAGGCCGAGACGGAGGCCCUCAAAAAACAGGUGGCGGAGCUGCAGCGGGUGGUGCAGCAAGGUGAGGUGGAGCGGGCGGCCCUCCAGGAGGAGACAGCGCGCGCACAGCAGCUCGCCGAGAAACACGAGGCCGACCUCCGCUCGCUCUCCAACGCGUACAACACCCUCGAACAGGAAAACUACCGGCUCGAAGCCGAGUUGAAACAGCAGCGGUCCGCUCCUGGCGCCGGUCCUUCCGGGCAGAGUGCCCCGUCGGAGGAGGCUCUGGCCCAGGCCCGGGAGGAGGGGCGGGAGGUGGGGGCCAAGGAGGCGGAGGGCGAGAUGAACGACCUGCUGGUGUGCCUGGGGCAGGAGGAGGCCAAGGUGGAGAAGCUGAGAGAGGCGCUCGAGGCGCUGGGGGAGGACGUCGAUAAGCUAUUAGAGGGGAUAGCGGAUGGUGAGGGUGGCGACGACGAGGAGGACGACGUGGCCGAACCAAGUGACGAGGAUGCAUAAACUUCUGAUGGAUGGAGGCAGAAGCCAGAUUGUGGCUGGUUGUCGAAAGGCUGACCGUCUGCUGCAGUCAAGUAUCCUAUGCACAAUUUGAGACUACCAUGCAUCUGUACUUGCGGCCAGUCAUCUGCGACGGUGCCAGCUUCAAACAAGUGCAUCCCCGACAGCUGAGCUCCGAAUGAUCCUCCUCGGUUUUGGACACGCUGCAGCCGGU